AUGAAUUCGAUUUACUGCACUCCGACAACAAUAUGUCCUGAUGUAAGUGCUUCCAGUCGCCCCAAUUACUGCAAGAAAGCGUGUGCAAGAGAUGAACAAUGCAAGAAAAAUAAUAAAAGAUGUCUUUGCGACGGUCCCUGUGGUUUGUCAUGCGUUAAUCCAUCAACAACCUGUCAUCCAUUAGUUGAUCUACCGAACGGUUUCAUCAGAACACCUGGCGAUUUUUUAUUCGGUUCAAAUGCCGAAUAUGGUUGUAAUGAGGGAUAUGUAUUAGUUGGUCCAUCACAGCGACGUUGUCAAGCAAAUCGUGAAUGGAGUGGUACUAAACCUGAAUGCAGAUUACUAAAAAAGUGCGGUCCACCGCCAGAAAUACCGUAUGCGCAACAUGACGGCAAUUCGUAUAGCGGUCAGUAUGAAUUGGAAACCGAAGUGCACUACAAUUGCGUACCCGGUUAUCAUCGUUAUAAUAACAAAGGAAUAACGAUAGCAAAAUGUUUGUUGAAUCGAGAAAAGGCAGCACAAUGGUUUGGUCCAGACAUACGAUGUCGAGCUCGUAGCUGUCCCGAUCCGGGAAAUAUUAUGAACGGAAUGCGGAAAGGUGAAUUGUAUUAUUAUCCACAUACAGUUGAAAUAGUAUGUCUUCCCGGUUAUCAGCUUAUUGGAUCAUCAAUGCUUCGUUGUAUGAGCAACGGGCAAUGGAGUGCUCAAUUACCUCACUGCAAACCAACAGAAUGUAAGAGACCAUCGGAUCCAUUACAUGGCAAAGUACUUGGUAGUUCAUUGACUUAUCAGUCUCGUGUCACCUAUUCAUGCAAAUCAGGCUAUCGACUUGUUGGCCAGGUGCAGAGGAUAUGUCUUGCUGAAGGUGUUUGGGCUGGUAAUGAACCAACUUGUGAAGGUCAGUUAAAAGAAAUUCGUUGUCCAUCGUUACCCCAACUACACAAUGGAUACAUCGAAGGUGAUGACACACAUUUCGGAGCAGUUGUUGUGUUUCGUUGUUUAGAAGGAAUGAAUCAUAUUGGUGCACCAUAUGCAAAAUGUGAAAAUGAUGCACGAUGGUCACAUCCAAUGCCUAUUUGUUUAAGUGGAUGUAAAAUACCUGAAAUAAGCGAUGGACAUGUUGUUAAUCAUAUGCCCUCACAACUUGCUUUACAUGGAGAAAGAUUGAAAGUGGAAUGUGCACCAAAACAUGAAAUAGCUGAGGCAGAAGCGACUAUAGUAUGUCGAAAUGGUACUUGGUCACAUAUGCCAACUUGCAUACCAGUUCGAUGCAAAUCCUGGCCACCAAGAAUGCCAAAUGCCAAAGUUGUAUUCACAAAGUCGUCGCAUGGAGCAUUUGCGCGAUAUGAAUGCAAUGAAGGUUAUCGUCCAUCAACCGUACAUAAUACUGUGAAAUGUUUGUAUGGAAAGUGGUCCACUGAAGGCGAACCAUUUUCUUGUCGACCAGUUCUUUGUGAACAUCCGCUUAAAACGUUUGGAGUUUUGGAAAGUGGACAGAUAAUGCUAGAAGGACAGAUGGGAGCUUAUGACUAUGCGCAAUAUAUAUCGGAAGUGGAAGAAGGUCGUUCGAUUUCAUUUCAAUGUAAAAAAGGAUUUGUGUUGCUCGGAUCACCAAAAGCAACAUGUGUGAAUGGGAAUUGGAUGCCGCGGAAAAAGCCGAAAUGUGUGUCACAAACUCAUCCGAUGGUGGAAGGACAGAUUGCUUGGAUGCGACGUCGGCGUUCUGUUGAAUGUGAAUCGAUUUUGGUUAAUUACAAGCGGAAAAUUGUUGUUACGAAAGAUGAUUGUCGGAUACCGAUACGUAAUCACGUUUUCUUCGUUGAUAUACGAUCGGAGCGAAUCUUGCAAUCGGGUGAUGUUGUGCAGCAUGGCGGUGGAGCGAGGAUGGUUUGCUUACGUGGUUAUGAAUUGCAUGGAAAUGAUAAAUUUGAAUGCAAUCACGGAGUUUUCAUUCAGCAAAUCGGACGCUGCAGACCAAAGCAUUGCAAACUGGAAACAGGUAAAGGCAACAGGUACAGCUCCAAUAAGACAGAACUUCAUCACAAUGAGGAAAUUGAGAUGAUAUGUGAAACGAACGUCAUACGAUUAAAGUGUCGCUUUGGUAAAAUAGAGUCAAAUUUCGGGUGCAGUGAUGAUGAAUUACAAACUGCGUCAUGUCGUCGUCCCAACGAUGAUCAGCCGUUUGUCGCAUACCGUACAACAAAUAUCAGUGGUCAGCCAGUUCGUUUAGAUAUGAGCGUGCAACAGGCUACUUUUCCGCAAAAUACCAUAAUUCAGUAUAUAUGUGUCAACAAUGAAUAUAAACAUAAAGCGAAUGCUAUCGAAUGUCGCAAUGGUGAAUGGUUCACGCGUCUUCUACCUUGUGUGAAUGCAUCUGCAGUUACGUUUGCUACACAAUCCGAUGGAAUGUGCAACAUGCCUAAUCUUGCUUCCUCUUACAAAAUUCUUAAUAUAAAAAAUGCUCAUAUUUCAACAAAGUCACGCUUUGCUCGUGGAACUACUUUAAAGAUAGGCUGUGCUGUGGGAUUUUUGAUAGAAGAAACUAGAACAAUGGAAUUGCGUUGUCGUAGAGGCAAAUGGAUUACCGCUGGUAUGCUCCAUUGCUAUUCAGAUAUACAUUCAUGUGAAUAUCGAAUGAAUGAGAGAUCACAUUUAAUUGCUUUUUCUGCCAAACAUAAACAGCAGAUUACUUUUAAUCAGCGAUUCGCUGAUGGUACGGAAUUAAUCUUCUCAUGUCAAGAGUAUGGUAUGCAACAGUUUAUGGGGAAUGCCGUUAUCACAUGCAAAGGAGGCACAUGGGUGCCGAAAAUACCCAAAUGCAUCACAUUGGACCCAUUCAACAAAAAUGAUGGCGCGCCGCCAAUAAAUUUGGAAUUAGGACGAGGCCUGCAUACCGUAACACCACGAGGACAUCUUGUGGUGAAUAUAUCAACAACGCUUCGACUUCAAUGUUUAUUUCCUCGAAAAAAAGGGCAACCAAAAUGGGAAGUUUCAACAACGUACCGUAAGUAUCCAAAAUCAUGGGUGGAAAUCGACUUGCCUGGCAAAUCCAGCAUAGACGCCUACGAACUGACUAUAACAGCAGCACGCCCUGAAGAUGGAGGAUUUUUCCACUGUGUUCUUCCAAGUGGAUACCGAAAUACUGUCAAAAUUAUUGUGAAAGAUCAGAAAUGUGCAUCAUUUACAAAUUCAACAAAUUUACGGAUUUUCUACACAAGUCCUCAUUUAUUUAUUGGAACAGUUGCACAAUUUUCAUGCAAAAGUGGUUUUUAUGUUGACGGACCACGUUCAUCGACGUGCUUAAGUUCCGGGAAAUGGUCUCAUACCUUACCAAAAUGUCGGGCAUUACAGUGUCCACCACUGGUAAUCAUAGAUCCCGAAAUGAAAGCUGUGGUUACAACGUUCAGGGCGGGAGGUACUGCACGAUUCUCUUGUUCAUUAACACAUUUUCUGGAUGGGAAUCGGAUAUUACAAUGUCUUCCACACGGAGAGUGGUCAGGAAUUGUACCACAGUGUAAAAGUGUGAAAUGUCAAACACCGAAAGUGCCAGGGAAUGGUGCAAUAGUUGGAGAGGUGAAGGAUGAAUAUAAUGUACGGGAAGUGGUUGUAUUUGAAUGUAAACGUGGUUACAUGUUAACUGGUAUCGACUACAGCGUGUGUCAAGCAAAUGGUAACUGGACUUCUGUCGACGUGAAAUGUAUACCAGUCUGUCGUUUUCCUGGAAAACCUGAACAAGGAGACACCACACUGCCAGCUAAACCAUAUCAUCUCGUUGGAGAAAAAGUGGUGUACUACUGUACUUCUACAGAAUACCGUCUAGAUUCAGAAAAUGUACUCGAAUGUAUGUCUUCUGGAAAAUGGAAUCGAAAAGUUCCAAAAUGUGUAUCUAUCGAAAAAAAAACUAAAUAA